AUGGGGAAUACAUUCUCUUCUUCAGAAGAUCUCUCCAGUUCUAAUAACGAAAACAACAAGAGAAAAACAUCUGCCUCAAAAGAUGGAAAGCCUAAAAUUCUUUCAAUACAAGAGUAUGAAGCAGAAUUGGAUCUUUUAACCAAUGAACCAAAAUCCUCUGACGAUACAGACACAGGGGAAUAUUUUUCUGAUGAAGAUGAUGACAAUGACAAAAAUGAGAUCAAAUCCUUUACAUUACCGAAUUCAAGCAGACUGCAAUUAUCUGUCCAUUAUAAUGAUGCAGAACAAGAAAUGCAUGUGAAUGUUAUGCGUGCAAACAAUGUACCAGGCAGAGAAGCUGGCGGACCCUCAGCUUAUCAAAUUAACUUAUCUAUGGAACCAGAUAAUAAACAAUAUUGGCAAAGUAAAAUACGUACAGCACCAAAUCCAGAAUACUUAGAAGAAUGGAAAUUCCAAAUCCCUCUUGUUACUAUACACAAAUCUACGCUUAUUUGUUGUAUCGUUGGAUUUUUCGGAAAUGAAGAAUAUCUGUGUGGAGAAGCUUUUCUACCGUUUGAAAAUUUAAAUUUAAAUAUUGAAAAUAUUCUCACAGUAAAUUUUCAACCAAUACAUGUUCUACCGGUUACACAUGAUUUGCAAUUAACAAAGACAGAAGUUGAAACAGACGAUAAAAGUAAAAUUGCAACGUCAAAAUUAACCGAUCAAGAUCGACCAUCAAUUUGUCCACAGAAUGAAAAUGCAAUCAUUUUCAAUACACGAUUAUCUAAAGUUUUACUUACGCUACGAUUAAGUCAAAAUACUGGACGAUUUGAAUGUUGUAUUCAACAAAUUAAUCUUAUUGGUAUACGAAUAAGUAAAAUACCAAAACGAAGUAUCUAUGUGAAAUUAUUUAUUAGAACAGAAGAAGAUGGUUUAAUCAAUAAAGCGCAUAGUGCAUCUCAUCAACAACAAUCUACAAUACACAUGAAUGAAACAUUUGCAUUUUAUAUAAAACCAUAUCAAAUAGGUCGAAUCACUGUAGAAUUUUCAUUAUUCAAAAGAAAACCAUUCAAUAAACGAAUUAUAAUUGGAACGUGCAAAAUAGGUAAAUAUAAUACAAGUAUUAAUGAAUUAGAACAUUGGGAACGUGUAUUAGCUACAAAAGAUCAAGUCAUAUCACAAUGGCAUAAAUUCUAUCCAAUAGCAAUAACACCACCGGAAAUGACAUUGAAAAUGGAAGAUUGA